CUACAUCAAAAUAAUCCUUACUUCCUGACCAAAACAAAGUAAUUUACAUUAAAUAUCGCAAUGGAUUUGCAUUUCUAUGAUAGUAAAUUAGUAAAUCAUAAGUUAUUUAGAGAUUUGAAAGCCAGCCUUUCAGAUGAUACCAGUGGAAAGUUGAAAAAUUUGCUCGAACUCCGUGAUGAUGUGCUUUAUGUUUGGAACUCAACUGAAAACUGUUUGUUCUCCUUGAACUUGAAGCAUCUGGAAGAAAAUGGAGACGAGACCCCGUAUCAGCAACUACACUUCCUGACUCCCCCUUCAUUCGAGGUGGAACGGGUGAUGAUGAGCAGCUGUGGUAGCAGAAUCUGCGUCUGGGGUACUCAAGGUGUCACUAUAGCUGAACUACCUUCGAGAUGGGGUCGCGGUGGACUCUUCGAUUCUGGCAGUCAAACCGUGCUUUGCAAGAGCUAUAGUCUGGACGAGAAAUUCCUGUACACGACUGGCGAGAUUCGCAGGGUCCACUGGCAUCCGAUAUCUCUAUCACACGUACUGGUCUUAGUCUCCAAUAAUGCGAUCAGACUGUACAAUGUAGCCUUGAAAACCGGUCCGAAGCUGGUGAAGACAUACUCUAUUGGUCCGAAACCGACCAGCCUCCUCGCCGGCAAGACGAUUCUGGACAGUCUCGGAGACACUGCAGUGGAUUUCACGCCGACGCCUGACGCGGAGCACAUCCUGAUCCUGAGGGGCGAUGGAGAAAUUUACAUGAUGGACUGUGAUCUGACUAAUAAAAGUCCACUCCAGCCGAAGCUCGUUGGACCCCUCGCCAUAUAUCCCCCUGCGGACGACAAUUACGGCUCGGACUCUUGCUGCAUCCUGUGCAUGGGGGGCAGCGACAUCCCCCCCCUGGUCGUCAUCGCGACUUCCUCGGCCGCUCUGUACCACUGCUUGCUGCUACCAAAUAGCGAGAAAGAAGAGAGCGACAGAGACGGCUACGCUCUGUACGUGGUGGAGACCGUGGAGUUGGACGUGGUACCGGAGCCCGACGCGGAGCCCUACCCCGUGCAGCUGAUCAAGUGCACGGACGACACGUACGCGUGCGUGCACGCGGCGGGCGCGCACACCGUCGCGCUGCCCGUGCUCGCCGCGCUGCGACACUACGCGCGUGCACCCGACGCGGAGGGGGAGGCGGCGGCGCUGUGCGUGACGUCAUCGCGCGCCGCGCACGUGCUGCGUGGGGGGCUGCGGGGCGCCCGCCCGGCCCGCCGCGCCAUGCCCGUGCUACUGCUACUGUGCCGAGACGGCUUGCUGCUCUCCCGCCCCCUGGCACCGCUGUGCUCGGACGACGAGCUGUAUAAGGAGAUGCAGCUGAAGAACCCCGCCCUAGAGCUGGAUGAAAUCAACGCCAUUUUAAAAGAGAGACAGAAGGUGUCGUUCACGGCCAUCAUACAGGAAAUCCUCGCCCGGGAGGCGUCGCAGCCCCUGCUGCAUCUGGACCGCCGCGCCGAGCCCGGGCCCCGGGACUGUCUCGAGCUGGUGACGCAGGCGACGCUGGCGCUGCGCGGCGAGUACGUGCGCCGCCAGCAGCGCGCCGCCGCCGCGCUCGCCCGCAAGCUGCACGCGCUGGGCGCCCUCGCGCGCCAGUACCGGGACUGGGCCGCCGACCUGCAGAACGAGUUGGAGCAGGCUCGGCAGCAGUCUGCUGCGCUCCGGGAGAAGUGCAUAGUGGCGGAGACGCGCCAGGAGGAUCUCAACAACAGAUGCUCGGCGGUGUUGCGGCAGCUGCGGCAGAGCGCAGCAGUGUCGGAGGCGGAGGGCGCGCUGCUGGAUGAGCUGCGGCAGCACGCGCGCACGCACCGCCGCGCGCUGCCCCGCCUGCACGCGCUGCGGGAGCGGGCACGCACGCACGCCGCGCAGAUGGAGAAAUGGCGUACGGAGUACAAGAAGAAAGACAUCGCGCUGGGCCGAUCGCACAGCGAGACCAUCUCCUCCGUCCUGCAGCAGCAGACGGCGCAGAUAGCGACGCUCAUCGAGGAGACCAAGCUGCUGCGGGACCAGCUCAGCCUCGUGUAGCGGCCCCGCGGCGUGCCGGCAACAGACAACACUUUGCUGAUGUCCGCGGUCAGACCAACACUACGAGUAUACUCUACAUGAAAAUCAAUUUUAAAUAUAACUGUAUUCUGCCAAUGUCUUUUCACACCAUAAGAAGGUUGUGAUUUGUUCAUUAAUUAUUUGUAAUCGAAAAUAAUUCGUGGUGUUAAGCGCGUAGGGAUAUGCGAGAUAUCGCCGAACAAUCAAAUUUCGACCCUAAUGACUGAAGCCCCAAGGCUCACGUUCCUGUAACACGCCCUCUCAUGUUCCAUUAUUGAUGAUUUGAAAAAAUCAAAAACUAUUAUUAUGAACGUGGCUGAAAGUCGUCUGACGAAUAGUUGUGACACAUACAUCGCGCGCCGCGUCCAUUGCAUUGAGUGGAUGUAGGGGAUAUAAUACAAUUUGUCAAUUUUGAGAAAAAGGGCAACAAACUUUUGUUAACGUAAAAUCGGGGGAAUCGGGACACUUUAAAUUCGACAUUUAUUUUUAUGGGUUUUUUAGUUAUAUUAAUAAAGCAGAGAUCACAAUAGUUCCGGUAGUUUAAAUUUUCAUUUAUAAUGCAUUAAAAUAUAGUUUAUUAAAGAAUAAUCAUAAAAAGUUACAAAACCUCAUUUGUCCCUAUUCACCCAGGCGUCGGGGUGAAUCGGAUCGCUUUAAUGGGGUUAAUAGUGUUUUUCGCUAGGGCUGGCACUAUGUAGUUGUUAGUUGUUAGAUAGAUACCAAGCGUUAGGUAAUUAAUUUUUUUAAUAUCAUUAAUGAGUUACAAAAUUUGAUGACUAAGUUAAACUGUUUAAUAUUCUU